AUGCCACCAAAAGCCAAUGGCAGUCUCAAACGACAAGCCUCGACUCGUGCCGCGGCUUCGUCCUCUUCGACAACGACGACGACCAAUGGCGGUGGUCCCAGGGCAAAGGUACCACGCACCUCUGUACCACCAACAGCAGCGCGAGCCACCACGCCUCAGCCUCGCGCAACUCGAGCAGCCUCUGCUUUGCCUGGUACACCUUCGAGGCGAAGAGCGGGACCACCCCUCUAUACUCCCAAGAAGGGAAUCAACCCUCUGCCUCUGCCCCUCAGACCCAUCACACAGCAAGACGUCAACAGCAGCUUUCCCGUAAAUGGUCCCCCCGUCACUCGCGAGGAUGCACCUCCCGCCCCUUCUGCGGACAUCCUGCUUCGACAGCUCUUCGUCUUUGGCAAUGGAGACAUGGGCCAGCACGGACUAGGCACAGACGUCAUCGAUGAGAUCAAGAGGCCUCGGAAGCACGUAUGGGUAGACGGCAAGAACGAUGCUGGAGCAUUGGGCAAAGGCGGCAUCGAAGCCAUUGCCGCUGGAGGCAUGCACACACUCGCAAUAGACUCAAAUGGAAAGCUCUGGAGUUGGGGAAUCAAUGACAAUGCAGCCCUGGGCAGAUUGACCGAUCGAGAGGAAGACGUCGAGACGGAAGUGUUUGAGACGGAGCCCAUGCCCGUAGAGGGAUUGGGCCCAGAGGGUAGGGGAAUCCUCUCUGGAAGCAAGCAACUAGGAGGAGGCAAAGAGGGCGAGGUUCAGAAGUUCAGAGCAACCAGAAUUGCGGCAGGAGACAGUGUGUCGGUCGCAUUGAGCGACGAUGGACAGGUUCGCGUAUGGGGGUCUUUCAGGUCCAACGAUGGACUUCUCGGCUUCGAUGGCCAAGUGGGCUCGUCAAAGACUCAGUUUGUGCCAGUGGCCCUGCCCGCCUUGCUCCCUUACUCCUUUUCCCAAAUCACCUGUGGUGACGAUCACAUCCUCGCUCUCGCUACGACCGGCCAAGUCUUCUCGUGGGGCAACGGUCAGCAGCUGCAGCUCGGUCGUCGCAUCAUUGAGCGACGCAAGAUCAACGGUCUGAACCCCGAAAAGGUUGGACUCAAGGACGUCGUCCUGAUUGGCAGUGGAGCUUAUCACUCCUUUGCCGUUGACAAAAAGGGCGACGUCUAUGGUUGGGGCCUUAAUUCCCUCCGACAAGUGGGCAUCGAAACAGACGAAGACACAAUUCCCACACCUCGCCUCAUUCCGUCCCUCAGCCCUUCGAAGCUGAGCCCAACAGGAGACGUCAGGGUCGUGGCCAUUACCGCAGGGCAGCAUCAUUCGCUCUUCCUCCUCUCCGAUGGCCGAGUCUUUGGCUGUGGCAGAUGCGAUGGAUGCGAACUCGGUCUCGCAGAAGAUCACCCGUCCAAGGUAGAGGUCAAGACGAUGAGGGAAGAGUGGAGGGCAAAGAGGACCGAGGAGCUCAAGACUGAAAUGCAAGCAUGGGAACAGAGGAUGAAGCUCAAGCGCGAAGCCAAUGGCGGCGAUGCAGCAAAGGGCAUGGGAGAUGCCGUCUCUUCAGACGACCUCCCGCCGACCAUGGGUCCUCCUCCCGAUGAGUUCGUUCCCCAGCCGGUCCACGUUCCCUUCCCAGGUAACGUCAAGAUUGCAUCUGUUUCCGCUGGCGCAAGGUUCAACCUUGCUCUAGACACCAACGGCAAGCUCUACUCUUGGGGUUUCGGAAACCAGAGUCAGCUGGGAUUGGGAGAUGAGGAGAGCGCAGAGGUGCCCACGGAGGUCAAGAGCAAGCAGUGGAAGGGCUACAAGGGUGUCAUGUGCGGCGCUGGUGGUCAACACGCCGCCGUCAUUGCCGUGCUGGACCCAAAGGCGGAAGGAAGCUGA